AUGUCACAAAUACAGGUUUUGGACAUCAUGGAAUAUCCUCAUCCUCAUGGAAAAGGCAAGGGUCCAUCAAUAUGGGAUGUCGCAACCCAUAAAGUACCAUCUCCUGUAUUAGACGGCAGUAACGGAGACAUUGCAGCGAACUCCUAUCAUCUAUACAAGCGUGAUGUAGACAUUAUGAAAGAACUUGGCUUAGACUUCUACCGAUUUUCUAUAUCUUGGUCCAGAAUAUUGCCCAAUGGCUUUUCUUAUGACAUAAACCAAGCCGGCAUAGAUUAUUACAAUAACUUAAUAAAUGAAAUGAUUAAGAAUGGUAUUGUGCCAUACGUUACAAUUUAUCACUGGGAUUUACCGGAGGAAUUGCAAAAAAUGGGAGGCUGGGCGAAUUCCGCGAUCGUAGACUGGUUUGCAGAUUACGCUAAAAUUUUAUUCGAUCAUUUUGGAGAUAGAGUUAAAUAUUGGGUCACUAUUAAUGAGCCGAAACAAAUCUGCUAUGAAGGUUAUGGUUCAGACCAGAAAGCUCCUUUGUUAAACAUAUCCGGUAUAGCUGAAUACUUAUGUGCUAAAAACGUCCUGCUAGCUCACGCUGAGGCAUAUCAUUUGUAUAAUAAAGAGUAUAGAAAGAAGCAGGGGGGUCGGAUAGGGAUUUCUAUAAGCUGUUCAUGGUUCGAGCCAGCGUCUGAUUCUAUACAGGACCAUCAAGCAGCUCAGGACGCUAGACAAUUUGAUUGGGGCCAGUAUGCGAACCCAAUAUUUUCUACUGAUGGCGAUUUUCCAAUUGAGUUAAAAAACAAUAUUGCUGCUAAAAGUCAUGAACAAGGUUUUCCUCGGUCGCGAUUACCGCUACUUACAUCGUCCGAAGUGAAAUUCAUACGGGGGACCUCUGAUUUCUUUGGUUUGAACACUUAUACAACAAAAUUGGCAUACAGGAAUGCCUCUCUAGAAGGAAUGUUUGCGAUCCCGUCGUACAGAGAUGACAUGGGAGCUGAUCUUAUCAAGGACGACUCUUGGCCUCAGGGACAGUCGACUUGGCUACAGGAAGUACCAUGGGGUUUCCACAAACUGUUACUAGAAAUAAAAAACCUCUACAAUAAUCCUCCUGUGUAUAUAACUGAGAAUGGCUGGGCCACAGCUGGUGGAUUGAUUGACGAUGAUAGGAUACGAUAUUUGAGAAACUACCUCAGUGCAAUGUUAGAUGCUAUGGAUGAAGGCUGCAAUGUCAAAGGUUAUACAGUAUGGAGUAUGCUGGAUAAUUUUGAAUGGCUUCAAGGAUAUAGUGAAAAAUUCGGCCUGUACGAAGUGGACUUCUCGAACCCUGAUCGUCCAAGAAUUCCUAGAAAAUCGGCGUUUGUUUACAAAGAGAUUAUCAAGUCUAAACGCUUAGAUUUUGAUUAUGAACCGGAAAAAUACUACGAAGAGGUUCUGGAAUUUGAA